AUGUUCUUGAGAAGUACAUUGUUUUGUCUUUUAUUCUAUUCAUCAUUAGGUGCUCCUAUUGUUUUCCCAUCAUCCUUGUUUUUGAAACAACAAUCGUCAAAAUAUGCUCAAAUAUAUCAGCAACAACAAGGCGAUCUUCAUUCUACGGACAUGAUGGAGGAUGACCGAUAUGAAACCGAUCUAAUAAACAAGGAUGAAUCUAACACAAGGAUGACAGGCAUCGACAGGUCGCUGAUGACAGAAAACAUCGCCGUGCCACUGACAAUGACAUCAAGUCGUCAACAUCACUAUGAUCGGUCAAAGCGAUAUAUAGACAAUCAUUUCAUUAUUCUUAUCACAAAACAAGAAGAAAUACCACCAUGGUACCAACAAUUAUGGAACAAAUGGAAGGGAUACAAGGAUGAUCCACUUGUGAUGUUGGCUCAAUGGACAAAUGAUGAUGUUGAUGAUCACAACCAGCAUUUAUUAUCUUUGCAAGAGCUUGCCAAAAACAAUGAUGCCGUCCUGCAAGUGAUCACGAGUGAUGUAUUGUUUUGA